UUUGCACCACGCUGUUCGGUUUGCUUACAACCAAUCAUGCCUGAGCAAGGACAAGAGGAAACUGUGCGUAUUGUUGCUUUAGACCGUAGCUUCCAUGUUGGCUGUUACCGUUGUGAAGAUUGUGGACUACAGUUAUCAUCAGAAGUAGAUGGACAAGGUUGCUAUCCAUUGGACGAUCAUGUGCUGUGCCGCGAGUGCAAUGCAAAGCGAGUGCAGAGUCUCGCCUCCGGAAACGUCCACUAAGAAACUUGGAUAAAAUAAUAUUCUACAGUUCUCAACACCUUUAUUAAGUGUGCUUCCAGCUGAAAUUUUAUGUACAUUGUGAUAGCAUAUUAGGAAUGAAUUGCGAGAACACCACUUACCAUUUUUACUAUAAUAGUAAGGCUGCUGAUUAAGAAAUUUAUUUAUAACUGUAAGGCUGGAAGAAU